AUGGCGCCAAUCCCAAGGGCUGAUCUGGAUGGGGACAACCCUUCCUCAGAUGUCGGCGACAGCCAGGAUUCUCCUAUGCGCCGUCAGUUUUCGGAGCCUUUCCGCCCUCAGUCUACAUCUACCCAAAUGUCACAGUCACCAGAGCCGAUCCAUCAAGUGAAGUGCGACUGGUGCGGGAAGCUCUUAAUGCUUCCAAAUGACCAGAAUGUCUCAGCAGACGAUGUUCUCAAUGAUCACAUUAACGAAGCACACCCAAAAACCAUUAGCUUUGGCUACGAUGGCGCUGAUGAGGGCGCCGAUGAAACUUAUGACGAGGCUGGCGACCUUCAAGAUGAUGAUGCCGCUGACGAAGAAGACGAAGAAGCCGCAGUCGAAGCCGAAGCCGAAGCCGCUCGGACUGAAGACAUCGAACCUCGAGAUGGCGAAGGCGACGUUGAGGAGACGACCGUCGAGAUAACCACAGAAGAUACGAAUGGCACUAUACCAACUACCGUGGAAGUAAGCGUUCCAGUUGUGCCUGCAGGCAGGGCCGACCUGGUUGAGUGGCUCUCCAACCCACGGACAUCAUAUCCAGAAGAGUACCGUGCUCGCGUGGAUACGUGGAAAAGAGAGGACGUCAAGGAGCGUCUUAAUAGACUCUGGAAUGUCCACGACACAACCAUGUUCUCGCCCGCCUACGAACUGGAAGCUUCCGCGUGUGAAUCGACAUGGGAAAAUUCCUUCAAUGACCCGUCAAAAUCUAAAAAGCGUGACGCAUCUGAGCCGCUUCCUCACAUACUCCCAUACAAAAAGGCUAAAGUCGAGAAAGGCCAGUUCCUUGAAGUUCAAACCCAGGAAAUCGAGACUUUGGUGAACAUGCUUCGCACACCUGAGAAGUUCUCCCCAGAGGAACUCUAUGCUAUCACACAAACUGCAGCAUUGACCAUGAAAACACUCCAAGAUGAAUGGCUGGCUCUUGAUAGCCUUUACUUGAAAGCGCACCGCCACAGACGAGAUGAAGCAUCAUAUGAGGCAAAGAAACAUCAGCUGCAGGGCCACAAGAAGAAGGGCGGUGCACCUCUGGCUCGCGCCAAUGAAGAUAAGUAUGACUUCGAAGAGAAGAAAGAAGCUAUGCUUUACGGUUACAAACACACCUAUUUCCCGAACCACACCCCUCUUAUCCCCAUCCGUACAUCUCAAGAUCCAUUUGCCCAAGGAGGUUUCGUUCCCACACCUGCACAGGCGCGGAAGAUGAUUGCGAAACAGAAAGAAUACGGUGACCAGAACAUGGAUAACUGGAUGACGAUGAAGAAGCACGGGCUUGAAUACCACCCUCAAAUGUAUGAGAAGCGGAGCGAGCCAGCCGCCCCGAAGGUCACUCGGAAACGCAAGGCCGCAGAGGUUGAAUUGCCUGCCAAGGAUCCUGACACCGACGACGAUCAGAAUCUUAGUGAACCUGGCGACGAAACCGAAGAAGAAAACCAUCCUGCCAAGCGGCGAACGCGGCCUCGUGGCGGCAAGCGGGCUGCUGCCGAGUCUUAUCAACCAGAUAGCAAACCUCGCGGUGGUUCUGGUCGUGGUCGUGGUCGCGGCCGUGGUCGUGGAAAUGGUCGACUUGCUUCUUCGCGGGCAACAUUUGAAGUCACUCCUGCUCCGCCGACACAAAACUCAAAUCGUGGCCGAGGCCGACGUGGCGCUAGCACUGUGGGUUCGUCCGCGACUCCUUCAGCGGAAAACACAUUCCCAGCCAUAGAGCCAACUGAGCCCGAGAGCCCCGCAUCACAAGCACAGGCACCGAUCAAAAAAGAGACGCUGUCGAUCGAGGCAAUCGAGGAGGCCAGACGCCAGAAGAUUGCUAAUUCGAAGAACCCGAAAAGAACCAAAGCAAUGCUUGACCACUGGGAUAGGUUCAACCGAGAAGGGCGUAUACGCAACCCCAAACGUUCCAAGGCCCAAAUUGAACAAGACCGAACUGUCGAUGGACCUGACGAUUCUAUCCCCAACCCCAUGGGACCUAUCGGCCCUGGGCGCCGUAAGCGGUCGCCUUCACUAGCCCCUCUUGCCGGGAACCUUGCUCCCAAGGGACCUGGGUUGCCCCCAAUGGCAAGUGUGCAAGCACAGCAGCAAAUGCCUCCCGCGUUUCCUCCAAUGGGGGUCGCCCACUAUGGCCCCGGGCCCGUAAACCCGUACGGCCCUCCGCCGCCAGUUCCUCCCAUGGCGCAGCUCGGGCAACCGAUGCCUCCACAUUACGCGCCAUUCCCAUAUGUACAAUACGGAAUGGGUCAUAUGCCUGGCUCACACGAUCCGCGGGAUCCUCGCCAUUAA